AAAAAGGGGCUAAUGGCCAAACUGGAGUUUCCGAACCGAGAAAAGGAUAACUUGGAGGCACGACUAAUCAACUUUACAAGUAACGGUGAAAUCUAUGAGCAAUUUGGACUUCUUAUAGAAUCACCGCUCUUACCUCAUUUGACGGACGUAUACAUGAAAAAAUUAGAAGAGGAUGUAAAGACGCCACCCCUACAACCAGAAGUGCUUAUGCAACGCUCGGAUGGAUACUUCGCACUUUGGGCAAAUUGA